AUGGCCGCACCAAGACGAAGUAAAAAGCGCGUGAGAAUCCAGUCGAGCAACGAAACGAAACCACACUACAGAAGCACCAAAAAAAGAUCCAAACCCCAAAGUAAGAAAAAGUCGAUUCUGAAGAGUAAAAUCGGCGGAAAAAUCGGAUGCCAGCCGCGACGGCUCACGGUAUCGGAGCUCGUGUACUAUUAUCUGGAGAAAGCGUCAAGAUCGGAGGUAGAAAAACGCAGGAAAGGCAACGCGGCAAGCCGGUUUCGAAGAAAUCAGCGACGCAACCGGUCAAAAAGACUCAAGCCCGCCAGACGAAUGACGAUGAAUCCUUCUUGCCUAGACCAUCGAAAAAAGGUAUACUUGGACGGUUUGAAUACCAUUUUUAUGUAUGAAAUUUGUGUUUGUCCCUUUCAUUUCAAUAAUAAGUGUUUUUUUUUUUUUUUUUUUUUUUCUUCAGCCGAGAAGUGUAUCUACGAUUUGCUGCUGUUCGGUUCCGUCAUGGGUUUCCUAGAGCCGGUAGACAAGAAAGGGAUUGUGUUUCGAGUUACUUCGGAUCUGAAUCUUUUUGACAGAGAAACCUCGAAAAAUGAGGAAAUCGGCGAACCUUACGACUUUGAGGACAACGGGACAACGUAUUACACUUAA